AUGCGUAUCGUCCUCUACUACUCCCACCCUGCGGAGUUGAAGAGCGUCGUCAACGCACCCCUCGUUGAGGAGGCCAAGAAGCUCGGAAACGUAAAAGUCCGCUGGCUGGAUGAGCUCUACCCGAGCCUGCAUAUGACCCCUGAGCAGGUCAGCGAGGAGCAAAGGAUCAUAGAGAAGGCGGACGCAGUUUUCUUCCAGUUCCCCGUGCAUUGGUAUUCAUCACCGCCUUCUCUUAAGGUCUUUAUGGAUAGCGUGCUGACGUACGGGUGGGCCUUCGGCUCCAAGGCCGUGAUCGCGGGCAAGAAGUUCCGUGUCAUCUGCACGUGCGGAGGGAAGAUGGAAGGCUAUGGCGGAGAACUUUCUGCAAGCGACUUAGCUAAGCCUUUUAACCAAAGCUUCAAGUUCUGCAAGUGCGAUCCGCUCCCGCCUUUCAUCGUUUUUGCUGACACUGACAAGGACACACUAGUGGAUAACUAUUUGAAGCUCUUUAAGUAA